CUCUCCCUCCGUUCUUGGCCAUUUUGCCGCCCUGCGACCGAGAGCUAACUAGCCAUCGUCCAAGAUUCACAAAAAGGCGAGAAACAAACAGAUCAGAACUUUUUGGCACGUUUUUGUUUGUUUCAUUACAUCCACGAACAAGGGCAGAAGGGGGCGACCGGCCGGUUGGUGCCAUUGUCAUGCAUGUCUCCUCGCCGCUUCUGACGCGUGCGUAGCCAGCGUUCAGGUGCCGUGCUGAUCCGCCGACGAUGCCGGGCAACCACCAGGAGGGCCAAGGGCCGCCGGGCGCCAGCGUGUGCUUGUGGCUGGUGACGGUGCUGCUCCUCCUCUCCCUGCUCGGCGGCGGCGCGUGCCUCGCGGCCUACAUCCUGCUGCCGCCGCACGAGGCGCCGGCCUGGCUCGCCGCCGUCGGCCUGGCGCUCGUCGCGCUUCCGUGGGCGUUUUGGAUCGUCACGUGCGCGUACCGGUGCGCCAAGGUGCGGGCCAACGAGAGCAGAACGAUGGCCGUGGCGCCGGCCUCUGGCAGCAUGUGCUCCCGCUCCGGCUCAUGAGCAAUCACUGCAAGACGCCUUGGCGUGCAGACCAAAUUUCAGUAUUUUAGGAUUGCUGAAGACGCAGAACGACAUGAGGAACUGAAGGAAUUAAAUCUGUUCGUAGCUCAAUCUACAUAUUGAUGUCGAGUGGAGGAUGCCAAAACUCUGGUGCUACAAUGCCCUGUUUUCCAAAGUAGCGAAUGUAUAUAUUUUCCUGAUGAGAUCCUAGCCAACAUUUCUUUCCCUGUACAGUUCUUGUCAAUGUUUUAAGAGUUUGAAGUUGAGCCGAACGUCUUGACUCUUGAGUGGGAAGGAGAUUGUGUUCAGAAAACUGUACAAAUACCUUUUAGCUUGCUGGGUUGCAAACUGUUGCAGUUGGAAGGCCUUGAUCUUUAAACUAUCCGAAGCAGUAUCAUUUAAGGGAUAA